AUGGAUGUGAUCGAGACCGACACGGCUAAUGUACAAGUGAACUCUGAAGGCGCUACCAGUUAUGUAAACAACUACAAGAUCAUGGACAUGCUGGGCGAGGGCACGUUUUCAAAGGUUUAUCUAUGCCAGAAUGACACAGGGACUGAAUUUGCCCUCAAGAUCAUCAACAAGUCCAUCCUGAAGCGCAAACGUGAGUACAAACGCGUCGACGGGAAGCUCGUCCUGUCAAACGCCUUCCAGAAAGUUCAAAAGGAAGUGGCUAUCAUGAAAAAACUAGCACAUUCGAACCUCGUGAGGUUGUACGAGGUGAUCGACAGUCCGGCCGACGAUAAAUUGUUUUUGGUGCUUGAGCUCAUCCGCGGAGGUCAGGUCAUGCACUGGGACGAUCAGAAAUUCCGCUAUUAUGCUCGCAACACUACAACGGGGGUACUUGGCAAGGAAACUGUGCGCGAGUGUAUGCGCGACGUCGUCGCUGCGCUAGACUUCCUGCAUAGCAACCACAUUUGCCACCGCGACAUCAAGCCCGAGAAUAUUCUUCUAUCUGGUGACCAGUACAAGCUCGCUGACUUCGGUGUCGCUCACAUGAAUGAAGAUGAACCAUCAAUUUCUACCAACAAUGGAAAUGUGAGUUCUUUAAAGCUUCGCAGUACCGAAGGAACGUAUCAUUUUCUCGCUCCGGAAUGUACAACGGGUGAUGAGUAUGAUCCUUACCAGGUAGACGUUUGGGCGAUGGGGGUGACCAUGUUUACCUUGCUAUCGGGAACGCUACCGUUCGGCACGGGCGUUGCGUCACUGAGCGAUGUGAUGACUUCAAUUCGCGAGGAUACCCUGGCUCUACCGCCCAAUCUUGAUACUGAAUGCUCUGAACUACUCGCUCAGCUCUUGGAGAAAAACCCGCAUAAGCGUAUCACAGUUUCGCAGCUUAAAACCCACCCGUGGCUCUCGGGAGCAGAUGAUGAAUUGAUUCGAAGACCUUCGAGCACAGAGGUGAUAGUCACGCAGCAGGAGAUCGAAGCUGCCUUCACACCUGUCAACAACUUUAUCCUAGUGAUGAAGCUCAAGAUGAAAAUGUCUUCGAGGCUUAACAAUGCACGCAAAGCACUCGCUAACAUUAGCGGCGCUCGACUUGAUAACGCGAUACCAGUAACACAACACGUCCCUGUGACUUCAUCCCAGCCUCCUGAAGAAAAAGCUAAAGGUGGUAAGGAAUCAAAAGCGUCGGAGAUGGCUCUGGGUGAGCUACCGCGAGUGAAGAUCGACAAGUUACAGAGACGACCAAGUCGUCUCGUGGAGAGUAUUAGCGAGACGGUGGGCUCGUUUAGUACAAGUAUUCGUCAGCUGGGAGGUAUCGUGCCAAUCUUCGAAGGCGCGGCUUCCAGCACGUCAUCUCUAUCUCCAGAAAAGAAUUCCCCAGACAAGACAGAUGCAAUCGGAUGCCCCGGUCCAGUGCUGCGGAGGAUAUCGGCUCGCAAUUUGCGCAAUAUUGAAGCAUCAAUUUUCGAUAUGCCUCUGCGACCUGAUAGCGAACCGUUGACUGGAAUCACGCCAGCUGAAGAAAUUUGUGGUGAUCUAUCGCCCAGCAUAAAUGAAGCUCGGAGAACUUCUUUGGUAUCGUUAAACAGGGACAAUUCUCCAACCAAACCAGAUAUUGGGAACCCGCCGAACGCACACAAACUGACAAAGCGCAAGUCGAUAUCUCUGGCGGGAAUGUAUUGGGACGAAAAAUGA